GCGUGGAAUUCACCCGACACGAGAAAGUUACCAGACACCGACAGAGAGAAAAUUCUGGAAACUCUCUGCGGUCUCUGUGACCAGCUUCGCGAGAAAAGUAAGGCAGAAAAGUACAGUAACGAAGCCUUUCGAUUUUGUGAAAAGAAGUGGAAAAGAAAUAAGGAAGAGAUGUCAGAGCACGACAGAAUGGCCAUGCUCACAACUCUUGUAAACAUGGCUACAUCACAGAUGAAAGAGAAAAAGAAACAGAAGUAUGAGAGUUUGCUGAAGGUAUGACAAAGUUCUUUUACCUAUCAGUGUAUGACAUCAACAUGAACGGAUUUUAGCCAGUUUAGUAUGUAUGAUACUGCGAUCGUUAACUUUCAUUAGUUUUCCACCCAGUAGUUGUUUGAACUUAGCAACCUAGCGAAAUCUACCCAGCUAGUCUCCUUGUGGAAAAAAUGUAUCCCUGACUUGCCAAAGGCGUUGUCCUUACAUUCAGUUGCCCAAGCAUGCUACAUUAUCCUUAGUGGCUCAACAAAUUUUGCUUUUUAUUAGCCCUUUACGUUACCUAGAUUUGGAUUAAUGGCGAUUCUCUGAACUUUUUCGCGUUUUAAUGCUCACCCAGGAAGCCAAACAAAGCGGAACCUUUAUGGGAAGUGUGAAAGAACUCCUUUCUACAGAAGCAAAAGGUAUUUGAUGAAGGAAAACUUUGACCAUUAGUCAAACAUAUAUUGAAUAAUGAAAGACACACGCGUUCUCUCGAUAACAUUAGUUAAAAACGCCUUCAAGUACGCUUAUUAAAAACCGUGAUUAACCAGGUUUUUUUUAAAAAGCGUACUUUCAGGCGUUUUUUUACCAAUAUGUCCGAGAAAACACGAGUGUCUUUCGUUAUUUAUGAACAUGGUUGAUGUUUUGUAAAGUUUGUAAUUCCACGGGGCGUGGGCGAAGAAAGAUUUACUGUUAUUUGAAAAGUAGGAUUUGCUUUUCAUUGGUGAAAUCUUUUUAAAACAGAAAACUGUCUUAUAUUUUAAGCUGAACAGCUGUCCAGUGAGGACGAUGACGAUGACAAUGAAGUUGACAUUCCUUCCGAUGAUGAUGGUGAUCUCGAUAGUAGCAGUGGCAGCGAGAUUUCAGAGGCUAGUGGGCAAGUGCAACAACCAACAAUUCAAGAAGACGGCGAAGAGUUGGAAAGUGAGCAGGAACAAGAUCCAGAUAGGAUAAAGAUACACGAGUAAGUGGAAACGAAUGAGUCGCUUGCGUUUGCGCAAUGAUUUCUGGAAUCGCCACGGGGCAAACAUUGCAAGUUGUUGUAAGGAAAUUUAUGGCCGAAGGUUGUUUCGACGUCCAAAAAAGAUCCAUUUUGGAGAGAGAUCGAUGCUUUUUCGCUGCAUAUUUAUCAUGAAUGGAUUAGAUGACGUCAAUACGAUGGAACUGUUUGUGUUUUUCAGAAUUACCACGAGAUCAUAUGUUAUGAAAUAUACCGAUGAACCUCUCUUCUUACCUAAGGCCUAUUAAAAGGACACGCAAGCAAGUUAAAAUACGUUACAGUGUUAUUUACAAAACAACACGCGCACACUCUGAAAGAAUUCUUACAGUUACGCAUUUAACUAGCCCUCCUUUCUGCAAAUUUGUUUCCAUAAUUAAUGAUUUUACGCUGUUAUGGACCACAAAGCACAACUGUUUUGAGCGACAAACUCAACAUUGCCUUGCGAUCAUCAAAAUCAACUGGACAAACCCAGCGUGGUGUAUUGCGUGACGUGUUAUGCUCACAUGGCCUGUUUCGCGGAUUGCAAAAAGUAAUAACUUUAAUAACUGACUGAAAAAAAAUUAACCAAAAAGGUCUAGAACAGUUAUUAGAUUUAGUUUUGAGGUUAAAUGUCAUUAUCUGAGCAAGUUUCUUACUUGCAAUUUUAAUACCCUUGUCAUUGCUUACUCCACUUGCACAAAAAUGCUCUGAAAAUGCUGGGUGAUUAAUUUUCCUUUGUAUUUCAGAGGAAAAAUCGGAGGUAAGGAAGACACAUGGCACAUAAGGGAAGCGGGUGCCUCUAUCCAACUUUGCAGUGAGGCUAUCCAACAUCCCUUGCCAUUU